UAUGGAGCUGUGUACAGAGCGAGAUUAAAUGAGCUACCGUGUGCGGCUAAAAUCCUCCACCCUAUUCUUUUGGAAACCAAUGAUCCAAGCGGACAAAAAAUCGUGGAGAGAUUCUAUCAAGAAUGUGAGCUCAUGAGAAACAUAACACACCCCAACAUAGUCCAGUAUCUAGAUGUCACCAUGGACCCCGACUCAGGCCUACCCGUCUUGUUAAUGGAGCUACUCGAUGAAAGCCUCACUAACUAUUUCGACAGAGUCCAGAGGCCCCCUCCUUACCACACCCAGGUGAACUUGAGUCACGAUAUAGCACUGGCCAUUGCACACCUUCACUCCAAAGGCAUUGUCCACAGAGACCUCUCCAGCAACAACGUGCUGCUCAUUGCAGGCUCUAAGGCAAAGGUGUCCGACUUUGGAAUGUCCAAACUACUCAAUGUUAGUGGAAAUUUUUCUCGCCACUCUCUCACACAAUUACCUGGCACACAAGCCUUCAUGCCACCCGAAGCUUUCUUUGAGCCUCCUAAUUACUCGAGCAUGAUUGACUGUUUCUCCGUUGGCCCUCUGAUCAUCCAGCUGAUAACAGCGAAGUUUCCUGACCCAGGACCACGCUUCACCAUGGUAGCCGACGAGCGCUCACCCGUAGGAACCACUCAAAUGCCCGUCUUGGAGGAAAACCGUCGAAUGAAUCACAUAGCCCUGAUCGAUCCGUCCCAUCCUCUCCUGCCAAUAGCCAGACAAUGCCUCGAGUACAGACCAGAUGUGAGGCUAACAGCUCAGCAGCUGUGUCGUCGGGUGGCUCAACUCAAAGAGCAACAGGUGUACAUUGAGAGCAAAGGGCUUUCCGAUGCUUUGCCUGUUAGAGAAAUUCAUGAUUUACGUGUACAAAUUCAAUCAUACGAAGAAACCAUUCAAUCUAAAAAUGAGGAAGUUGAUAGGUUGUGUGUAUCACUUAAAGACAGGGAAGAAGAUAGCUCAAAGCAAGUACAAGAAAUUGAGAAUUUAAAAAUUCAGCUUCAGAAUAGAGAUGAUGUAAUUCGAGCUAAAAAUGAAGUUAUUCAAAUCAAAGAAAGUGUUUAUCGGGAAAAAGUGGCAGAGAUAGGUAAAUUAAACCAGCAGCUUCAAGGCCUACAAGCUUUAGAGUUGGAACGAGUAGAGUCUAAUGAAAUUGCUGCUUCACCUGUGACAGAAUUGAAAAACAAGGAGAGUCUAAAAUGUAGAUUAGGAAAAAUCAAAUGGAAGAGAUCGAGCGCUCCCUAUCGAAUUUGUCGCGGUGACUUUGUAGUCAAUGGUGAUGUGGCAUAUUUCAGAGGUUUCAAAGAUUCUACAAUUUGCAAGUAUGAUUCUGUUGAUUCGUCGUGGUGUAUACUGUCUAGUUGCCUUCACUACGGUUCAUCUUUAGCGGUAUUGGAUGGCCUGCUCACAACUAUUGGAGGGUAUUCGACAUUCUGUGGUACGAUAGAGCCUUUUAGCGAUCUGUAUAGUUUUGUCGAUGAUCGUGGUGCCGUUAAGUUUCCUUCAAUGCCAACAAAGCGAUACAAUACUUCUGCCGUUUGCUACGACGAUCUUCUUAUUGUUGUAGGAGGAGAGAUUUAUAAAGAUCAAUUUGUACCAAUUGUCGAAGUUCUGCAAUUAUCCACCCGACAAUGGCAUACAGCCACAGACCUGCCUCUAUUGGGUAAACGUGUUUCAGCAGUCAUUUCGAAUAACCAUCUUUAUGUUCAAAGCUACAGCGAAACUAAAUCUCAGUGUAGAGACAAUGUUUUAACUUGUUCCUUUUCCUCGCUUUUAUCUUCGCUCACACCGGUCUCAUUUAGCACUAAGCUCAAGUCUUUCUUUUCAUCGAAACCAGUUAGCAAAAUCUCGUGGAAAAGUAUUGCUCCUUUACCUGUACGACGAUCCACUUUAGUGAACUUUCGAGGUUAUCUUCUUGCUGUCGGUGGUCUUGAUGAUGAUGCCCUUAGUGACUGUGUGUUAAUGUACAGUACAGUUGAAGACACCUGGACAGAAGUGUGUAGAAUGUCUCAAGCAUGUUGUGAUUGUUUAGCUGUAGCGUUUAGUGACCGUCAGCUGGCAAUAGUAGGUUGUUGUAAUGAGGAUUUUAAUGCAACUAGCACUGUUCAACUACUUGAUUGCUUUUUGUAAAAUUUGAAGUGUUCCAUCUUUUAUAAUUUGUAUAUAU